CGCAAAGACCUCACAAUGUCGAGCGAUAAGUCCGAUGUGGAUGUGCUGACCUCUGUGUUGUCGGCGAUGACCGUGCGCCACGACGACGACCACCUGAUCACGCAGCGCCCUGCCGCCACCCUGAAGGAAAUCCUCGAAAAGAUCCGCGCCAACAAGGACAAAAUCCGCGAGCUGGACCUGAAAGACAUGGCGGCCAAGAAACGCAAGCUCCGCUCCCCUGGCGGAGACCUCGUAGGCCGCGUAUUCCAGCUGAACCGUACAGUACGUCGCCUGUUGCUUCCGGGUCACGAGAUCGAAGAUGUGGGUGCCAAGAGCAUGGGCAACAUGCUAAGAGCGAACAACACUCUGCAGCACUUGGACCUAAGGGGCAACGAGAUCACAGGCGAAGGCGCGCGUGCUAUAAGUGACGCUCUGUAUGGCCAUGAAAGUCUGGAACACUUGGGUCUGUCCAGCAAUAAACUGGGAGACGAAGGCGCCAAAGCCGUAGCCCAAAUGAUCCCUUACAAUAUCUCGCUUAAGUAUUUGGGUCUUGCCUAUAACGGGAUUGGCGAGGAAGGGGGCAAAGCUCUAUUAGAGGCUGUACUGCAGAACCGCUCGCUGGUUAUGGUGCAGCUGGUGAAGAAUGACAUCCCGCAGGAGAUUCUGGACAAGAUCCGAGCGGCGCUGGUCGUGAACAAACUCAUGCAGAAGAAAGCCCAGCGAGACGAGGAGAAGGAGCAGAAGAAAUACGAGGAGACGGAGAAGGAACUGGUCAGGAUGAGAGAGGAAGCGCUCAGCAACCAGAACGAGGAAGAGAGCUCCAGUGACGAGGACGAAGACGACGAGUCGCUGUGGAUUUAA